CUUUACUUAAAUUCAACUGAAAAUCUAAGAUACACAAAUGUAAAUUAUUUUAAGGACUUUCAUCUCUAUAACUUAGAAUUCAAUUAAGACCCUUAUUAUUAAUGUUUAAUAUCAAAAAGUCAUCAAACUCAGAAGAAGAAUACAUUGCUAAGGUGUUGGCAGCCUUCCUCAAGAUUCGACAAUAAGAAGAGAAAUCAGUUGCUCUACAAACAGGAGGAAGUCAUCCAUUUACAAAGUCUUAAAUUGGAAUAACAAAAAAUGGAGAAGCAGAUCAAUAGCAAUUAGAAAAAGGAACACUAACAGCUUAAGACUAAUGAAAAAGUAGAAGAACCAAAUAAGUCAGUCAAAUCAUCCACAACUGGCAAGAUCAAAGGAGAAAAAUAUUCAGAAUAUGGAAUCUUCGAGAACGGGGCUUUCACUUGUUUGAAGUGUUAAAGCAGAGUUAAAAGAACUUAAGAUUUACUCAAACAUUGGACUAUGUAGCAUGGGAGAUAGGCGAUACCUAGAAGAAAAAGAAAC